AUGGUGCUUACAGGCCAGACCCUCACGCCCGCCAAUGUUUUCAUGCUGCUGUCGUUUAUGGGUGUUAUAAAAUUUAGUGGUAUGUUGAAUAUGACAUCAGGUUUAAUGGUAACGUAUGACGCCUACGUUUCGCUCGGAAGAAUCGAAGAAUUCCUUCUUCUGGAAAAUCUGUUGCAAGCCUCGGAGAGUGAUUUAAGCAACGAGCCUCAACAAAAAGCGAAAAGUACCGCAACUUACCUAAGUCGCAGUUACUUGAAAAAAGAAGAGGAAAAUACGGAGAAAGUUUCCCUCUCUCGUGAAUCAAGAGAAUUAGGGCCUACUAUAUUAAGUGUGUCAAAUUUAAGCUACGCAAAAACGCAUCAUGAAGAGGAAUUUAUUCUUGAGGAUAUCAACUUCUUUGCACCUUCAAAGAGUUUAACAGUCAUCACCGGACCGGUUGGAAGUGGUAAGUCUACUCUGCUCUCAGCGAUCGCUGGUGAAAUUUGGAACACCAGUGGGACGAUUGAUUAUCAAGGUUCUCUCAUUUACUUGCCUCAGACUGCUUGGGUGUUCUCGGGAACGAUAAAAGAAAACAUUCUGUUUGGUCAACCCUACAAGGAGUCCAAUCUUAUGUCAACUGAGGCAGAGAAUACUUAUCAGAACUACGCCUGCGCAUUAGCUAUGUGUCUCAAUGGUUUGAUCGGUGGACUUUGUAUGCACCAGCGAGACUACAGAUGUGAAAUAUUGGGGAUCAGAAUAGGAAGCGCCCUGAGAGGACUGGUGUAUCACAAGACGCUUCUACUCAGUAAGAAGACGUUACUGAGGUUCACUGCUGGACGCUUAUUCGAUCUGAUAUCCAAUGAUGUUAAAAGAAUGGAAGAAGAGACAGUCAAUAUUUUUUUCUCAGGCGUUUUCGCAGUCCCUGUUUAUGCAGGGGCCACAUUCCUUAUUUACAAUUUGAUUGGUUGGCAGGCUGUUACAGGUGUGUUCCUCCUGUGUAUUCUCAUGCCAUACUUUGCCGUCUUGUCCUAUGCUAAUGCUAAGCUGCGCUUGCGCACAGCUGCAGUAUCCGAUGAGCGAAUCUCCCUAAUGAAUCAAGUAGUUUCCGGGAUCCGCGCGGUCAAAAUGCAUGCGUGGGAAGACGAAUAUGGACGGAAGAUAAAAAAUGUGAGAAGGUAA